AUGUCACAGGAAUCAUGGACGUCAACAACAAGAGUAUCCUCAGGCACCCACCACGAAGACGAUGAAGAUACAUUCAGGAUCCUGAUUGCAACAGACAACCACAUUGGCUAUCUCGAGAGAGAUCCUAUUCGAGGCCAGGAUUCGUUUCAAACGUUUGAAGAGAUAUUGCAAAUAGCCGAGAUUGAGCAAGUGGAUUUCGUACUAUUAGGAGGAGACCUGUUUCAUCACAACCGUCCUACCAGAUCCUGUUUGUAUCAAACCAUGAAGAUGUUACGUCGUCAUUGUUUAGGUGAGCGUACGAGCAAGAUUUGGAUUUCCAGCGAUCAAUCUAUCAAUUUCGCAGACGAAUUCUGCAAGGCCAACUACCUGGAUGACAACUUCAACGUCAAGAUGCCUGUAUUCAGCAUUCACGGUAACCACGAUGAUCCGUCCGGUGUAGGCAAUCUGUGCGCAUUGAACUUGUUGCAAGUGUCUGGUCUGGUCAACUACUUUGGCGCAUCACAAAGCAUUCAAGACGUCGAGAUACACCCCAUCAUCAUGCGAAAAGGGAAUAGUUCGUUAGCAUUGUAUGGAUUGGGAAACAUUAGAGACGAGCGUUUGCAUCGACAAUGGCGUUCUGGGCAUGUGAACUUUGUAAGAGGAGCCGACGACUGCUUCAAUUUGUUUGUGUUUCAUCAAAACCGAGCUCGUCAUGGGCCAACAUCUCACAUUCCUGAAGAGUUCAUUGAUGGCUUUAUUGAUCUUGUAUUUUGGGGUCACGAGCACGAAUGCCGUAUUGUGCCAGAGUCAUAUGAAAAGUUUGACAUUAUCCAGCCUGGAUCGUCCGUCGCCACGAGUUUAAGUGAGGGAGAGGCUGAACCGAAGCAUGUUGGAUUGUUGACUAUCAAGGGCAGUGAAUUCAGCUUGGACAAGAUUCGACUCAAGACAACACGACCGUUGCAGUUUGCCACAGUGAUCCUCUCACGCGUAGAGGGACUCAACCGCUCAGACACCAAAGCCAUACAAACCUAUUUGGAGGGAGUCGUUGAGUCCUUGAUUGAAAAGGCUAGAUACGCCUGGGAAGAACAGCAGCAACAAAGCCCGUACCAUCUACCCUUGGAGGACCCUGAUAUGGAAAUGCCGAUGCCUCUUGUACGCAUCCGAGUGGAUUACUCUGGUGGUUAUGAAACCUUUAAUCCUCAACAGUUUGGACAAAAGUUUAUCGACAGGGUAGCAAAUCCAAAAGACAUUCUCAAAUUCCAGCGUGCUCAAACACGAGCUAAUGCCAAUGUAAAACCUUCUGAUAUAAUCUCUGAUUUGAGCAUGGCUAUUCCAGAAAGAUUGGACACCUUGCGCGUCGAGGAUUUGGUGAGUGAGCUGUUGUCUCGUGAUUUGCUGAUUCUGCCAGAAACAGGUUUGGAGGAAGCUGUCAUGUCGCUUGUGGAGAAAAGUGACAAGGAAGCCAUCCGCACCUUUGUUACAAGAUCAGUUGCACAAACACGCGCAAGCAUUACCGUUAUACCAGAGGAUCUUAGUUUAGACUAUGUUAAACGCAAAUCGGCCGAGUCCAAAGAGAGCCAAGAUCAGCCUCGGCGUCAAUAUAGAACUGCCGUACCACCCACACAGGAGAUGCGAGGUAGCACAACUCAUGUCAACAAUGAUUCUGAUGAUGACCUUAUGGCUUUACCGUUACGAUCACAACAAUCUCAAUCUUUGCAAUCGCGAACAACAUUAGAUACAACAAUUACAGCUGGCAGAGGCGGAGGCAGAGGCGGAGGCAGAGGCGGUAGAGGAGGCGGAGGCAGAGGCAGUAGAGGAGGCGGAACAGGCACACGAGGCGCAAGUAGUACACAAGACGGAAGAGGUCGAGGAAGAGGUUCGAGCGCAACUGCUAGUACCGCCACAAGUAGACAACGCAAACGAAGAAUUCAGCAAGACUCAGAGGAGGAGGAGGAGGAGGAGGAGGAGGAAGAAGAAGAAGAUCCAGUGGAGAGUGAUGAACAAGAGGAUGCAUCUCCAUCUAUUGCUGCACCCAGGGCAACAAGAGCACGACAUGGCAGAGGUACAUCUUCUCAGGCAGCUUAUACAAUUUCCAGUGACGAUGACAAUGAUGAUGGCAGCUAUCAUACCAACAAGAGACCAGCGCCAGCAUCAUCUCCCUCGCCCACACCAACACCACUUCCAGCAUCACAGAAUAAACGCAGAAGAGUUCUUCCUGGUAGUAAAUAA